AUGGCGCGGUGGUUGUCAUUCUUUGCGGAAUACAACUUUACGGUCGAGUACAAACCAGGACGACUUAAUGUCGUCGCUGAUGCACUCUCACGUCGUCCCGACUUUGAAACAGUCGCGAAACCCAACAGUGAGACAGUCACUGUUGCGGUUAUGACGUCCUCAGUCCCAUCUACAACGUUGUAUGAUGAUGUGAGGCGGGCAUACGCCCAAGAUGGUGAGAUUGUGAAGUUGUUGACACAUUUCUCCCAACCAUCUCGAGAAUCGUUGAAACGAUUGUCGCCUGCGUAUCGAUCUGCAUCAGAUCGAUACACUACUCGUAACGGUUUACUGUAUUAUACAUCCGUUUCUGGUGACACACCGCGUGUUGUCAUUCCAGAUGAUACUGAUCUGCGUUUGCGGAUCAUGUUCGAGUAUCACGAUGCUCCUAUAGGAGGACAUCGUGGCCGAGAGAAAACAUAUCUCACGGUAAGUCGAGACUUUUACUGGCCUCGCCAGUAUCAGUUUGUGCGAAAGUAUGUUCGCGCAUGCGAAGUCUGUCAACGAGUGAAGUCAAGUCCUUCACUGCGUGCACCAUUACAGCCUCUACCGGUUCCGGCUGAGUGCUGGGAAUCCAUCUCAAUGGAUUUCGUCUUCGGGUUACCCAAAGACGCACGCGGGAAUACGGGUAUUCUCGUAUUUGUUGACAGAUUCAGCAAAAGGGUACACCUUGUAGCUGUACCAGAGACAAUCACGGCAAGUGGCUGUGCUUGUGUCUUUAUUGACAUCAUCUUCCGACUUCAUGGGUUGCCCCGUGAACUCGUAUCAGACAAAGAUCCACGAUUCACUGCUGAUUUCUGGCGUUCCGUGUUCAAAUCACUCGGAACGCGCUUGAAGAUGUCGACAUCUGAUCAUCCAGAGUCAGAUGGUCAGACGGAACGUGCCAAUCGUGUCCUUGAAGAGAUACUUCGAGGAUACGUACACUCCUUUAAGAGUUGGAGUGAGUUUUUGCCAAUGGUAGAGUUUGCCAUCAACAACUCGGUGCAUGCGUCCACGACACAUACACCGUUUUACGUGAAUGGCUUGCGCCAUCCGCGUGUACCCACCUUACUAGAGUGUAACUCUGAGGUCACUGCGUUUGAUGCCGAUAUCGACAACAUCGAUAUCGAAGAAGUUGAUGCCAGUGAGAGCGAGGAAGCCCUCACUGAAGAAAAGAUUGAUGUUGCUGCAGUGCACUCACAGCGCACUGAAGCUAACGAGUCAGCAGAUGAGUUCAUACUGGCUCGUGAAACGGUAGUCCGUUUUGUGUAA